GGCCCUUAUGUAAUGCACACACAUAAUUUCAUACUUUACAGUUUCUUAUGAUAAUAGUGUAUAAAUUGCGUCCUAGUGAGAUCCCAUGUUGAUGUUUUUCAUAAUUUCGUCUAUUAAGAAUAAUUACCAUAUGGCUUAUCUAGUUUAAUUCCCUUCCGCGUCUAUUUUAACCUCGUUCCGGCUCGAUUUAUUUCUAACAAAAUUUUCCACAAUUUCAAUCAAAUUGGCCAUUAGCAUGUAAGAUCUGUUCGAACAAUUUCACACACACAAUUCCUCUCUAUUUGCUUGACAUAACCGGACUCCUCUCAUUAACAUAUAAACAUGCAUCUUCAACUAAGACGGUUCUUUCUUUCUUCGGUCAAGACAAUUUUAAAAUGUACGACAGAAAACCGGUACUUGAGGAAUUGUAUAUUGAAACGACACUUUGCUAACGGCAGUUCUGAUGAGGUCUUUUCAAAAAUUUCCAAGGAUAACAUUGACUUCAGAAAACAUGCCCUUUUUGGCCCUCCACCUAGGCCCUUCUCAGUAAUUCAAGGUUCUAAUGGGGCACGCAACACUACGGGUUCACUCGAUUCAGAAACUACAGAGACCCUCCUGUUUAAUAUGUUUAAAACAGACGAAAACCCUGAGUUAAUGUCUGUCGGGAAAUUUUUAGCUGCGUUGAGCCAUACAGGUCUAAGGAAGAAUGACCCACGUCUUGCCGGCUUCAUGGAGAAUCUUAGAGAGACCCACAAGGAAUCGGGACGAGAAGGCGGUUCUCCAGAAACUCAAAAACUUGAUAGAAAUACUUUCAAAAGGACAAUAUCGGCAAAUCUGGUGUUGAUAUCUAAAGCUUUCCGGCAUCAUUUUAUCAUCCCAGAUUUCAAAGAUUUUACAAAACAUAUUGAAGAGUUUUAUUGGAAGUGCAAGCCGAAUUCGGAAGGAAAGGUAGCAAAUUACAUUCCGCAACUAGCUAGAGUAAAUCCUGAUUAUUGGGGUAUUAGUGUAUGCACAAUUGAUGGUCAAAGGUUCUCUAUUGGAGAUGUCAAGAUUCCGUUUACCUUGCAAUCAACAAGCAAACCUCUGACUUAUGGAAUUGCCCUUGACCAGCUCGGCCAAUCCGUUGUGCAUCAGUACGUUGGGCAAGAACCAUCUGGUCGUAAUUUUAACGAGUUGGUUCUUGAUCACAACAAAAAGCCACACAACCCAAUGAUAAAUGCAGGAGCGAUUCUAGUUUGCUCCCUGCUUAAAACAUUAAUUUAUCCAGAAAUGACAUUAGCAGAGAAAUUUGACUUUACAAUGAACUUAUUUAAGAGAUUAGCCGGUGGUGAAUAUAUGGGUUUUAACAAUGCUGUGUUCCUAUCUGAAAGGGAAGCUGCUGAUCGCAAUUAUGCACUCGGUUUUUAUAUGAGAGAACACAAAUGCUAUCCUGAAAAGACCAAUUUGAAGGAAUGCAUGGAUUUCUACUUUCAAUGCUGUUCAAUGGAGGCAAAUUGUGAAAGCAUGUCAGUUAUGGCUGCUACACUGGCCAAUGGAGGAAUCUGCCCCAUAACAGAGGAGAAAGUAUUAAAACCGGAUUCCAUCCGUGAUGUUCUUUCAUUAAUGCAUUCAUGUGGAAUGUACGAUUAUUCAGGACAGUUUGCGUUCAAGGUUGGGCUUCCGGCAAAAUCGGGAGUGAGUGGAGGUAUGCUGAUCGUUAUACCAAAUGUAAUGGGGAUAUGCUCCUGGUCCCCGCCUCUAGAUCCACUCGGAAACAGUUGCAGAGGUGUUCAGUUUUGUGAGGAAUUAGUGAAUGUGUUUAAUUUCCACCGUUAUGACAAUCUGAAACAUGCAACGAACAAAAAGGACCCACGAAAGCACAAGUACGAGACAAAAGGUCUGAAUGUUGUUAAUUUACUGUUUGCUGCAGCAAACGGAGACUUAUCUGCACUGAGGAGGCACAGAUUGUCAGCAAUGGACAUGUCAUUGUCUGAUUACGAUGGGAGAACUGCCAUGCACUUAGCCGCUGCAGAGGGCCACUUUGACUGUGUCAGAUUUCUCCGAGAAUGCAACGCCCCUAUGGAUGUAAAGGAUAGAUGGGGCAACUCCCCUAUGGACGAAGCCAAGACAUUUGGAAGGAAUGAUAUCGUAGAAUUCCUAAACCAAGAGCUGGAAAAUUUAAAAAAGAACAGUAACAAACCAAUUGAGGAAACUUCACCACUUCCAAAGGCCUAGAGAAAAUCUUUGUCGACUGAGGUGAUAAAGCGAUAAUUGAUUUUUUUCCACUUUCAAAAAUAAAUGUUGUUUAGGCUACAUAAAAA